AUGGGCAUGUUUCUGCGGUGUAACGCGGACAGUGUCUCGAGCAGCAAGUGGGCCUGUUGCGCUGAGGCCUGCCUAGAAUUCAUCUCUCAAAAUGGCCGUGCGAAAAACAGGAAGCUUUCUAUCCGUCACACCUUUAACCACACGAGCCAAGAUUGGGGCAGUCCUGCCUUCACGGCCUACAACGAUCUCUUUAAUCCAGCAAAUGACUACGUUGUGGAUAACAGCAUUCAGGCCCGCAUCACUGUCGAGAUCGUCGAUCCAUUUAACCAGGCAACCUUGGAGACAACCAAUGGGUAUGAAGAUGGCCGCACCAGCGGCAGCACCAAUAACUUAGGUUUGGUGAGUUAG